ACUUGUUCUUAAUCUUCACUUGCGUUCUGUUUCUGUUCUCUCCUAAUAUAUGAUUAUAUGAAUAAAAAUACUCACAAUUUUAGGCUCCCUUCCUGGAAAAAUUACUGCAAAUUCUCUACUUUUAUCAUUCUUUUCAUUUGAAGCAUGGUCGUUCAGGCAUGUGAGGUGCCAAACGGAUGGCCGUUUGGGCUGGGUAAUAUGAACACGAGACUUAGUCUCGAGGCUGCAAGACAACCAAAUUCUUUCCAUGGUCCUUCUUCAAGCUUUUCUUCGUUCUCAUCAUCCAACUUUGAUACAGAGUCGACAGCAUCGUUCUUCCAAGACAACAGUGUCUCUCUAGGCAGACUAAUUGGAAUCAGACCUCAAGACAACGGUACCUUAUACUUUCCAAGACCCGUAUGCAUACAGGAGCAAACAUCCCGCCGCUCCCAGGAAUCCUAUAACACUCAUCAAACCGACACGUCUAGAGGGGUUUGUGUUCCGAACUUGUUGAACAUUUUAGGCAAGAUCAGCAGAAGUAGAAGUCACUCGAGACAGUGAAGGAUUGAUUUAAAGAUUUAAUACUUUGUCUACUUGAAAAAUUGAUUUAGUUGAGGUUUAUGUUUUUGUCUGUAUAGCUGAUGAUACGACCAAAAAAUAAUAAUAAUAAUAAGUCCAUAACACGAAUCAUGAAUAUGACAUAAAGAAAUGUAUCUUGUCACUUUCAUGGGCGAUAAUAUAUAGAGUGUGUUCACAACAUAAUAAAGAUUGAAUGCUACUAUGGUGUUGUGUGAUUGAUAAUAGAUAAAGUAAUAAGAUGAUUAUCCUCUUUCUAUA